GUCAUGUGACCUAAUGACUUCAAACAAGGUUCAGAAUGUACACUCAGCAGGCCUACACAUUGCAGACCCUUUAGUUUGUCUAUUUUCAUCUCACACAAUUUUUCAAUGUUUCUAAUUUCAAUAGCUCCUUGGUCAUGUGACCUACUGACCUCAAACAAGGUUCAGAAUGUCCACCCCUCUGUCAUUUUGACUGGCAGGCUGUAACAACAGAUUGCUUUGAUAUGAACUUAAUAUGAGGGGACUAAAAAGAAACAAACACUCACAGUAUUGACUCUGCUGGCUUCAGAUCUAUACCCAGAUCCCUGAGAAGAAAGUGAAGUUUACCAGUAAGGAGAACGAGGGCAGCGAUGACAGCGGUCAGUGCAUCAAGGAAAAAGUGGCAGCCCAGAUCCUGAAGAUGGCCAAGUGCACUGUGUCCUGUGACAAAGACAAGGUGUAUGUGAAGCCUAAAAGCCUUACACUGGACCCUUCUGUCAAGUUUGAGGUGCACCUUGAUGUGAGGAGCAAAUGAGAAAUUGUCUGGAGAUUAGCUUCUCCAAGCCCAGUUGAGGGGGAGGAGAGGGGAGAGGAUGGACUAUGACAUGCACUCUGGGAAAGGAAAAAUCACCUUCCUCAACACUGGAGUGGCAGAGAGUCUGGUCAUGAAAAGGAAGUACAGUGUGGAUGUCGACCGUGAAGUGAACGUUGGCCUCGGUUACAGUUACCAACUGAAGAAGUUUCUGACGUUCUGUGGCACUCCAAAGCGCACCAUCCUCCUGAACGAUAUAGAAUACAUCCUGGAUGAGGAGGACCUGCGGGACUACCUGGAGAUUCACUUCCAGAAUCCCAGUAACUACGGUGGGGAGAUGGAGUGCAUCAAGCACGUCUCCAGGGGAAAGGAGGUGAAAGCCUUCUUCACUGAGGAUGCCGCUGAGGUGGAGGCCUAACAUUAACACUAACGGCCAUCCUCUUACAGUACAUCUAUACUCAUGUUCCUCAGUACUUGGUACCACAGGAAUAUGCCUUAGAAAUGAUGCAUUAAUCAGCAUUCACCAUGAACUCUACACCCCCCUGACAUUUAGCACUAUAUGAUGCCAAAACUGAUAUGUACGUCUUAUACAAAGUUGAAUGGUUAUCUGUAGGAGACAGAUGGCUGUGGAAUGUGUUAGGGGAGACGGGUGGAGAUCUUUGGAUUAGGUCUCAAGGGGGCUGAGUUCAGGUCAGUUUCCCUUAAGGGAGAAACAAUGGUUUAUUAUCCUAUCACUUCGUCUUCCUGUCGGACCAUAAAAUAUGUAAGGAUUGGAGAGAAGGAGGAGUGUUUAAAUUGGAGUAUAUAUACUUGUGGUGGUGGAAACAUGUGAUGUCUGAAUGUAGCUGUAUCGACCCUUUGGGAAGA